AUGAUUGACGAAGGCUUAAUUGAUUCAGGUGACACUAGCACCAUGCGACUAGAUCGCAUAAUGUGCUUGGAAGAUGUCAUAACGGUGUUUCGUGAGGUCAAUGAGAAAAGUCCGAUUGAUGCAGAAGAAGACGAGCAGUACGAGCAGCUACGCGACCUGGAACUCAGCGACACUGUCCUCUUUGUACGAGCAGCAGCGUGAGU